AUGUCUACUGAGUCUGAAAAUGUGUUCAGGCAACUGUUCAGAAACUGGAAUGACCGUUCAAAUAGAAAUACUGCAUCAUCUACCUCAAACAGGCCUGUCCUAUCUGAAUGGACAGAUUAUUUUAAGACUGGGGCAAAUGAUUUAUACAAUAGAUUACCUUCAUCAGUUCAAGAUAUAGGUGCCUCAAACAACAACGUACAGGAACCGUCAUGGUACAAUUUAUCAAGACUAGAAAGAUUGAUUGGUUUUGGGUGUUGUCUUGGGGCAUCUGUGUUAUGUUUUGUGUUGUGUUUCUUCAUGUUGCCAGUUUUGGCAUUAAGACCUAGAAAAUUCGGUUUGUUAUGGACCGGAGGGUCUGUGCUUUUUGUCGUAUCAUUUGGCGUUUUACAAGGUCCAUAUAGCUACGUUCGACAUUUACUUUCUAGAGAUCGGAUAUUGUUUACAGGAGUAUUCUUUUCAUCUGUGUUUUUGACAAUUUACUCAGCCUGUAUUUUAAAAAGCAGUGUUUUAACCAUUUUCACUAGUAUAAUUGAGAUAUUGGCCGUUUUAUAUUACACAUUGAGCUAUUUCCCCUUUGGGGCAACAACAUUGACAUUUUUCACUAGUUACGUAGUUGGGUAUAUCGGGGGAUUGAUUGGAGGGGUAAUAUUCUAA